AUGUUUUGCGUUUCAUUCAUAGGACGUGCAAUUUUUCCGCCCAAACUUUGGUCUGUGUCAGAAUUAAUGGACCACGGAAUUCCUAGGACACAAAAUAUUGUCGAAGCUUGGCAUCGACGUUGGUCAACUUUGGUUGGUAAACCUCAUGUUGGAGUCUAUACAAUGAUAGAGGAGCUUCAGAAAGAACAACAACGAGUUGACUUAGAAAUUGAAUGCAUUAAACGUGAAGAACCAAAACCAAAACAGAAAAAACAAAUAAUUGACAGAGAGAAAAGAAUAAUGACGGUAUAUAAAGAUAUAUCAAAUAGUGUCUUAGAAUUUUUACGGGGUUUGGCUCAUAAUAAUAUUAUAUCGAUGUAG